CAGCACCAGUAAGCACGAUAAAGAUUUCUCUUGGAAGGACGAGCUUCUUAAUUUGUGACGACGCCAAGGUCUGGCGAGCGGGAAGCGGAUCGCAGAAAGAUUUCUCUUGGUACACCAACGCGUUGACUACUGGACUGCAGUUUCUCUGCACAACCACAGGGGUAUUAUAGACCAAAUUCUCUCCUUCACCAACCGGAAUUCCAAGAUACUUUUCUUCGAAGCCGACUGUUUCCACUGUUGAGAUAAGACGCCACAGCUGCUCCUUCAGCUUCUGAAAAUUUAUUUCCCAAAAGCAGUGAGCAUUUUGUCAGGCUUAACAGCACAUCUGCAGCAGAUUCUGGAUACAUUCUUGUUGUUGGCCAUUUUAUUGAUAUUUGAGUAAGUAUACAACUAGGCAACCACCCAUCAGAAGCCAGGUAUGCUGGUGGUUCUCUGGUUUUGAUGUGUAAAAGGAAGGAGGAGGAUUCUUCAAGUUGAAGAUCAAAUCCAGCUACGUUUCAUCAACAAAAAGCUAGCACGCUCUCAGUCGUACUCAUGGCUACAUGAGGGUUCAGGAUCUCCAUGGUUAAGCUUCGAUGACAAGUUGACAAUCUCAACGGCCAAGUCAUGAGGUCUUGUUUUUUGUCAGGAUCCACGAGAUUAUUCCGAUUGUUUCAGAUUCAGAAAUGCACGAGGUAACCAACAUUGAUUGGAUCUAAGCCAUUACGAGGCAGCACUGUAAGAACAAUAAAAUUAUCUCCUGGAAGGACGAGUUUCUUAAUUUGUGACGAUGACAAGGUCUUGCAAGCAGGAAGUGAACUUUCUGAUGAUACCGAGGAAAGUAUACAACUAGGACGCCACCAACCAACGAGGCAUUAGAAAACAUCAGGAAGUAAUGGCGGAGAUUGUGAUCCUUCUAGCCAUUAAAAAGAUUGGAAUUGCCUUGGCAAAAGGAGCGGCAGACCAGGCCAGUGUGCAGUUUGCGAAGUACGGGGCACAACUACUGGAGCUACAUGGUAGCAUGGGUCGUGUUGCCAGGGAGCUUCGGGUAAUGCAUGAUGUUCUUUAUCAAAUGGACAUUCAAAACCGCAGCAAUCAAGUAUAUGAGGGCUGGUUAGAGGAGGUGCGCAAAGUAGCACAUGUGAUGGAGGACAUGGUGGAUGAGUACUUGUAUUUAGUUGGUCGAGAACAUGAUAUAGGUUGUUGUUUCUUCCUGAAGAAAUGGUCCAAAAAGCCAAGAUCACUGCUUUGUUUGAAUCAGAUAGCUCUCAGAGUGAAGGAAAUGGAGAAAGACCUUUUGCACCUGUCAGAGACAAAAAACCGUUGGGUUCCCAUGAUAAAUAAUGGGGAUUCUAGCAACCUCAGUUACAUUGUCAAGAGAUCCCAAGAUCUAGCAAACAUUUCACGCUCCCUUGAUGAAGAAGAUCUAGUGGGGGUGGAUAAAAACAGAGAAAAACUCGAGCAGUGGUUGGAAAGUGAUGAUCUGGAAUGCUCUGUGAUAGCUCUGCUUGGAAUGGGUGGUCUUGGUAAAACUGCUUUAGCUGCAAAUGUCUACAAGAAGGAGAGGGAGAAAUUCCAGUGCUACGCCUGGGUCUCCAUCUCUCAAACUUAUUCUAGAGAAGAUGUCUUGAAAAAUAUGAUCAAAGAACUUUUUAAAGAUAAUGCCAGUGUUCUAUCUAGCACUCUGGCUAUGGACAUCAUGAGCCUUGAAGAGACACUAAAGAAAUAUCUGGAGCAAAGGAAGUACUUUAUCAUAUUGGAUGAUGUUUGGGAUCCGCAAGCAUUUGAUGAUUUGUCAAGGAUGUUUAUUCAUAAUGAUAAGGGCAGUAGAGUGAUGCUCACAACAAGGGAAGCCCGCGUUGCUGCACUUGCCUCUCAAGGACGUAUCUUAGCACUGGAAGCUUUACCAGAAGACAAGGCAUGGGAUCUCUUUUGUAAGAAAGCCUUUCCAAGAGAUACAAAUCAUGAGUGUCCUACAGAAUUGAAGCCAUCAUCCAAGGAAAUAGUUAGCAAGUGCAAAGGCUUGCCUCUUGCUAUUGUGUCAGUUGGUAGCCUCUUGUGUGUGCAUGAGAAAACCGUGGAAGAAUGGAGAAGAAUAAAUGACCAACUGAGCUGGGAGAUAAUUAACAAUUCAAGGCUGGAUCACAUAAGGAAUGUUUUGCAUCUGAGCUUCAUUUACCUCCCAACAUACUUAAAAAGUUGUUUUCUGUACUGCAGCUUAUUUCCAGAAGACUAUCAUUUUAGAAGGAAACAACUUGUACGGUUAUGGACAGCAGAUGGGCUCAUCGGGGAGAGGGGUGAAAGCACACUAGAAGAAGUGGCAGAAGACUGCCUGAAGGAGUUGGUUGACAGAAACAUUCUACAACUUGUUGAGAGGAACUCAUUUGGUAGGAUGAAGAAAUUAAGAAUGCACGAUCUCUUACGUGAGCUGGCAGUAGAUUUGUGCCAGAAGAACUGUUUUGGUGUUAGUUAUGAGGAUGAGUGUGGGGGGUCUCUUGAGAUGGAUGGACGUCGGUUGGUGCUUCACAAACUAAAGAAGGAUAUUGAGCAGCCAUUUUCCAAUAUGCACCAACUUCGGACUGUCAUUACACUGGGUGACAGCAAGUCACCAUUCAAUCUACUUCCUUUGUUGUGUAAUGAGUCGAGAUAUAUGACAGUGCUUGAAUUAAGUGGUCUGCCCAUCAAGAAGAUUCCAGAUGCUAUUGGGGAUCUUUUUAAUCUCCGCCAUUUGGGUUUGCGUGGUACAAAAGUGAAGAUGCUUCCGAAGUCAGUUGAGAAGCUUUCAAAUCUGUUGACACUGGACCUUUAUGGAUCUGACAUACAUGAGUUACCUGGUGGGAUUGUGAAACUGAAGAGGCUCAGACACUUAUUUGCUGAGAGAGUAACUGAUCCAGAAGGAAGAGAGUUUAAAUGUCGCAGUGGUAUGUACAUCCCCAAUGGUCUUGGAAAUCUAACAAACUUGUAUACAUUACAAGCAUUGGAAGCACAAGAUGAGUCAAUUAGACAUUUAGGGGAGUUGAGGCAACUGAGAAGCUUGAGGUUAUGGAAUGUGAAGGGGAUCUACUGUCAACGCAUCACCGAGUCUCUAGGUCAGAUGCGGUACUUGUCCUACCUAUCUGUGGGUGCAGGUGAUGAGAACGAAGUUCUCUUGUUGAAUGUCUGCCUGCCAAGCCUGCAAAAGCUAACUUUGAGAGGACGACUAGCAGAAGGGGCGUUAGACGAAUCUGCUCUCUUCCAAGCUGGUAGGGGGCUGAACUUGUAUGAAUUGCAUCUAUCUUGGUCCCAGCUGAGAGAAGACCCCCUGCCAUCCCUUUCUCGGUUGUCAAACUUGGCAUAUCUAGAUCUCACCAGAGCAUACAAUGGAGAGCAGUUGGUAUUUCUCAUGGGCUGUUUUCCCAAGCUAAAGGUUCUCUAUCUAUACGACAUGCCUAAUCUGAAUCGCCUAGAGAUACAGCAAGGUGCCAUGGUGAGCCUGGAAAGAUUAAUCUUAGCCAACCUCAGCAGCAUGACGGAGGUUCCACCUGGCAUCAAGUUCCUCCUGCCCCUCCAGUUUCUAUUCUUCCAGGAAAUCACCAGCGACUUCCUAGCAUCGUUGGGCCAAUGUUCUGCAAUUGAAGGGAAGUUCCAAUAUACUCUCCGACGACGUUGACUUGCCAAACUGGUCGGAAAUGCGUACCUACUCAAGGUCACCGGCGGGAAGGAAGAAGCUUUCAUUAUUUGGGCUGAGGUGUUUCCUCUGCUGUUUCAAAACGUACCCUUGGCUGCCAGGACGAGGUACCUUUGACUGUCCUGCUGCACCCCCUGUCUGCUAGCUCCAUUUCUGCUACCAAUCUGCUUCCUCUGCUGCGUACGACGGUGCUUCACUUGUGCUACUGCCUCUGUUUACUGCUACUGUUACUGUUCGUCUGCUUUGCUUGUCGUAUUUUCUGCCAAUUAUUGUAAGACUGAGACUAAGUCGUGUUUCCAUUUUCA